AUGUCUCUAUACAGGAUUGUGUUUAGGAAAUUGUGCCAUCUCCCUGUUGAGUUAGAACACUGGUCUUUGUGGGCCAUUAAGAAGUUUAAUUUUGAUAUGGCCAAAUCUGGUGACCAUCGAAAACUCCAACUCAAUGAGUUAGAGAAGCUUCGCAAUGAUGCAUACGAGAGCUUCAAAAUUUAUAAGGCUAGGACUAACGCAUUUCAUGAUAAACACAUUUCUUGUAAGUCCUUUGAGCCUCACCAAAAAGUGUGGCUGUUUAAUGCUACAUUGCAGUUGUUCCCGGUUAAACUCCUGUCUUGGUGGGAUGACCCAUAUAAGGUUAUCGAAGUCUUUCCGCAUGGGGCGGUUGAGAUUAAAAAUCCACAAGAUGGUACAACCUUCAAGGUCAAUGGCCAAAGAUUGAAACAUUAUGUGGAUGGUAUUGAGAGGGGAGAUGAUUGA